AUGACGUCAGCAACUCCGCCUUCCUCACGUAGCCCCUCCCCUCAGAAGGUGUGUCACUCCCAAACGCAGACGGACGUGCUGAAGCCGCUGUUAGGUGGGGGAGGGGCCCCAGCCGGGGGGCUGGGGGCGCUGCGCAGGCGACGUCGCGUUCUCUCCAAAGAUGGGCGGAGCAACGUGCGGAUCGAACACGUGAGUGGGCGGGGCGCUCUGUACCUGCGCGACCUCUGGACGACCUUUCUGGACAUGCAGUGGCGUUAUAAGCUCUUCCUCUUCUCUGCCACCUUCGCCGGCACCUGGUUCAUCUUUGGUGUUCUGUGGUACCUGGUCGCCCUCGUCCAUGGAGACCUUCUAGAGUUUGAUCCUCCAUCCAACCACACGCCGUGUGUCAUGCAGGUACAGACGCUGACUGGGGCAUUUCUGUUCUCGCUGGAGUCCCAGACCACGAUCGGCUACGGCUUUCGCUGCAUCACCGAGGAGUGUCCCGUGGCCAUCAUCCUCCUCAUCGUGCAGCUCGUCAUCACCAUGGUGAUGGAGAUUUUCAUCACCGGAACCUUCCUCGCCAAGGUGGCGCGGCCGAAGAAGCGCGGGGAGACGGUGAAGUUCAGUCAGCACGCCGUGGUGUCCAAUCACGAGGGUCGGCCGUGUCUGAUGAUCCGCGUGGCCAACAUGCGCAAGAGUCUGCUCCUUGGGUGCCAGGUGACAGGUAAGCUGCUCCAGACCUCCCUGACCAAGGAGGGUGAAACUGUUCGUCUGGACCAGAGGAACGUGGUCUUCCAGGUGGACACCUCCAGCGACAGCCCCUUCCUCAUCCUCCCCCUCACCUUCUACCACGUUAUCGACGACAGCAGCCCGCUGCGAGCCUGGGCCGCCAAGGGCGGUGGCUGGACUGAUCCAGAACUUGCUGACUUUGAGCUCUUGGUGAUCCUGAAUGCGACGGUAGAGCCGACCUCCGCGACCUGCCAGGUGCGAACCUCUUACCUGCCUGACGAGAUCCUCUGGGGGUACGAGUUUCCCCCGGUGGUCUCUCUGUCCCCGUCCGGAAAGUAUGUGGCUGACUUCGCUUUCUUCGACAAGGUGGCCAAAACCAAGACCCCACCUCUCUUCAAACAAGCCCCGCCUCCGAGCCCCCAAUCUCCCCGUCACCAAGGCAGCAGCGGGGGUGGAGACGAAGGGGCGGACCCCGAGAAGAUGAGAUUGGAACAGAGCUAUCGGGAAGAGAGGGGGAGGGACAGAGGGCGUGUCCGUGACAGCAGUCCCCUCAGUGUCCGAAUCAGUAAUGUGUAA